AUGAAUCAGCAGGAUAAAUCGAAUGGACGUGCGUUCCCCAAAACUGGUGUCUACGUUACACCACCAAAGAAGUAUGGCGUACCAGGCAAUAUCUUUUUGUCACCUGUUGGAGGCUUUUGUAGUUCAAUAGAUCCGCUGAUGAAAUAUUUUCUUUUUUCCAGGCUUGCCAAUUCCAUUUUGCUGAGUGGGUUCCUAUGCGUUAUGCUUUAUAGGGCCUAUCAUGGAGGACGGAUGAAGGAAGAUUUACUGCCAAGAUGGGCUGAAGAAAAAUUGGACUCAUUUUUAGCUUCAUGGCAAACGAAGCCAGGACAAGAACAGAAAUGA